GAGGGGCAAGGACCAAGGCAAGGCAGAGAGACAAAAAGCGAAUGUGAGUCGUCUAUUGUGUACCUACUAACGACUUCUGUUGCUAGACACUACGUGCAUUGACGAGCUUUAUGCUCGUGAUGCCUACUUCCCCACCAGCCCGCGCAUCUAGCCCACCCUCUCACUCAUUCACUCGCCCCCUCGCGCGCGCCCACCCACUCUCACCUCCAAGUUCCGCCCGGCCGCGCUCGCUCACUCAUUCACCACUUGCCCAGCCGCGCUUGCCUCAUCUCCUGCUCACCCGCUCAUCCGUGGGUUGCGGCCGCAGGGUUAGCCAGUCAGUCCACCAGGACGACCGGACAGAGACGAACCCGACGAAGACGGCCCCGACCGGUUCGCUCGGUUCCAGCACCACGCGCGGUGUAUCCUCUCCACCAACGGGCUUAACCGCUCGCCCGUCAACGUCCUCGUCUGGUGCGCACUCUCUGCGCGAACCGCGGGAAGCCGCUCCUCCCCCGCCUGUGCCGCACGGUCUCGUACGUCGACUCGGCGUUCUAUGUGGACUUCCUGCUCCUCAUCCCGUGGACGCCGCGCCACAUCGACGUGCAGCAUUGGGACAAGGCGUACGGCCCGAAGUACGAGAUGUCAACGAAGACGAAGUUUAUGCACCUGACAGGCCUCAACAUACUGCGCACGGACCCACCAGCAUCGAAGAGUUGGCCACCUACGGAUACAGAUCACGAACCGACGCGCACUGGUACGAUUCGGGCCAGUUCGCUGUACAUAGCGUGCCCAAGCCCGGUACGACAGCUCAACGAGCAGGACUCUGACAAGCAACAGCUCACCAGGCACCCGGCGUGGCGUGUAAGGGCCCGCUGAGCGACAGCCUGGCAUGCCCAGCGCGAGGCGCAUAGGGCCGUCAAGGGUGAGCAUGCCGCGCCCCAGCCCGAGAAGGAGGCAGCCCACCGAGUACAAACGCAACAAGCGGGAGCAAAGCCUACCCCCCAACGCAUCGGCCAGACGAACCCGCCACACGCAAGCUCGACACAAGCUCGACGCAUGACGAGCACGAGCCAGCAAAUCAACACACCUAGGCCCCCAAGUGCCAGGGUGUGCGCGAGGUCAUGGAGCAGAGCCCGACGAACAGACCCUCGAUGCGUGCGAGCCCACUGACAGUAGCUCGUACAAACCUAUGGUAAUGAUUAGCAUUAUUCCAAUUGUACAGCAGUAGUGAUCCGUAGAUUAAUAUAUUUGAUUGCCUC